UUCCCGACAAUAUAUUACUGAUUCUUGACUGCGACUUACAUUCCAAACCGUGUGAGAUGUUCUUGCGAAGUUAUAAAGAAUUCGUCGUUUGAAAAUGACUUAGAGAGUUGCUGGUGGAAAGAAUUUUACGCAGUCAAAGCUUAAUGAUUCCAAAUUAAUAGCACUAUUAUUAGGAAUAUGUUUCAAGAACAUUUCAAUAAUCAUUCAAAUGUAAAUCAGGAUUAGGAUUGGGAAUAGGUAAGAAUGCCCACAAAUAGAACUUGACAAAAGGCCUAAUUAACCUUUUCCGAAUGACUAAGCCAAUGCCAAAACUCGACAAAAAUUGCACAUUUUUGCUUGACUUAGCCUUCCAAGACCAGAUCUUGAAUAAAAUGGGUAGGGUUCGGGUCGACCCAAUACAAGAUCCGGGUCGGAUCCGUUUGGUUGAUAAAUGAACGCCUUGUCUUGUUCGCGAAGCCGACGGAAGUUUCAGUGCAACAGUUUUCGCCAAGGAGCUUCUGCGUUCUACGACGAGGGACACGCUCGAAGAAAGCAUCGGUAAGGAUUUCUGAUAAUGUCGUCCACCUCUUGUUUUGGUGGCGGGAUCGUGAGGUUGAAUCCUUUCAAAGUGAAAUUGACGGCGCCGAGGAGGAUUAGUGUGAGAGCUUCGACGGUGGAGUCGUUCGAGAGCUCCGAUUUCGCGCAACGCAUCGAGCGUGCGUGGUUGAUUUCACAGCAACCGAGGCCAGUUGCUUGUAGUUCAUGCGACUCGAAGGGGCACGUCGAAUGCCAAUGGUGCAGGGGGACUGGUUUCUUCAUUCUCGGUGAUAAUAUGUUGUGCCAAGUUCCUUCUAGAAACAGUACUUGUGUUAUAUGCAGUGGAAAGGGUUCGACGUUCUGUUCUAAUUGCAAAGGAACUGGCUAUCGGGCAAAGUGGCUGGGCGAGCCACCCCCGACUAAGUAGGAGAUCGAUCUAACAGAGGUACGCCCAUUUUGUUCAUGUCCUGAAUUUGAUUGUCCUAGUUUUCGCAAGUGUGUACAGCUCUUAGAAUUAUUUUGUGAACUUGAUUGUGUCGUAUUCUUUAUUGCAAUGCAAUAGUUUGUUGUUACAAUCUUAGAAUGAGUAUGCAUUGCUCUCUGGUCGACGAUGGCAGAGCCACAUAGGGGCUCGGCCGCGUACACCAAUUAUAUUUUUUUACUAUAUAGAUUGUCCAUUCAGUAGGAUUCGGAUAAGUCUGAUAUUUUUAUAUUGAUUGAAUACAUCAAUAUUUAUUUUGUUACUAUCAAUUUUACUAAAAAUGAUACAAAUAUUUAAAUUUUCAACCUCAACAAAACCGUUUAGCCCUUUCGGCAGCUGUUCAGCCCCUCGGCGGGGUAAGUCUAGCUCCGCUGUUGAAGGUGAUCACUCACACAGGAAACCAUUUAGGAUUACUAAAUGGUAAUUUUAUAUCACUCUUGUUAAAAAUCAGAACAAUAAUACUCUAUUCUUCAUUCAAAUCUAUGUUCAUUUUUUAUUGGAUCAUCAUUGACAAAUAUUCUCGUUUUGUUUUCAAGUAAAAAAUUAUACAUUUUUGUACUUUUUCUUUUACUAUAAAAGAAAAAAAUAAUUAUUAUUACUUACUUUUAUUAAUUAUUUUCUAAAAUUAUCAAUUUAAUCGGAUUUAGAACGAGAUUUUUGAGCAAAUUCGUUAUCUGCUCUGAAUCUCCUGGCCCAUUAACACGGGGACAAAGAUCACCCCAAUAGUGGUUUCUAAAAGCAUAUACAACAAAAAAAUUGGUUGUAGAAUCAAUGCUCUUUUUUUUUUUUUUUUUUUAAAUAAAGAUAUGAGAAUUUGAAGACGCUAUUUGAAGAUGUAAUCUUCGAUCGAACAUAAUAUUUGCAAACUAGACUCGAUGAGACAAGUUUGUGGAUCGCUGAACUCAAUAAGUUAGAAACAAGACAUACAUGUGGAAAUGUAUUAUUUGAUGGUUGCCGACUUGAACUAGUGCUUGCCCCACACGUCUCUCCAAACAAAAUUACUACUAGUCAAAAAAAAAAACAAAAAAGUUUACUACUAAUCACUCAAUCACAUAUAACAGAAAGUAUAAAAGUA